UUCACACAGAAAGCAGUCCUUCCAGGUCAGCAAUUGAAUGUUUACGGACGUUGAACCGGCAAUGCCGUAUUCGUUUGAUCGCUUUUCUAAAUCCGUGUAGUACGAUAGCGCAAAGCGUGCAGUCCGACGCCGAUGAGGCCAUGCUAAAAACCGAGAAAGUGCUGCACCUGAAGAGCUCGCGCGGACGAAAGGUGCGCGUCGUCCGCGAGCACUACGUGAGGGAGCGCGUGCCUUGCUGCAGCGCUCUGUGUCAGGCGGGCUGCGCAAACGAGGGCAAGGUCCUGCCCGGCGAUGUCACCCAUUACGUGGUCCCUGAUGUGGGUGUUGUACGGGACUUCCUGGAGGUUCUGGAGUUCAGGGAGCUGCGGGGUAUUGUGUUCACCCAAACGGCCUGCCAGGCCAUCCAGCACAGCCGCGGCCGCAGACAGUACAAUCGGCUGCGCAGCCUGUUGAAGGAGCCGCUCCAUGAAUGUGUGCUCUUCUGCAAUGAGUUUCAGCAGCACACCUACAGUCCCAGAGAAAGAGGCGAGCCCCAGGAGAAGUGGCAGACCAGGUGCGUGUACCGCGUGGCGGUCUGGUACCACGAGCACCUGGAGGGCCUGAUGCCGGUGGUGAUGAUCACGGAGGACCAGGACGCAGUGGCUGAGUACAGCAGCCUCAGCAGUGGGGUUUAUGUCAUCUCCCCGCAGGAGUACCUGCAGAGCUUCUGGCCAGACGUGCAGGCGGCACAGGAGCUAUACUUCUCCAUCGCCCAGGCGCUCCAGGAGCGGGAGAGCGAGGGCCAGCAGCGCGAGUACCCAGAGCACCUGCCAGCCGAGAUCCUGGAGGCCGGCAUCAAGGCUGGCCGCUACAUCCAGGGCACCCUGAGAGUGAAUAAGCACAGAGCACAACAGGAGGCCUUCAUCCAGGCUGAGGACUCCACCAAGAGCACAGAGCGGAGCGCUGACCUUUUGGUAUGGGGCGUGAAGAACAGGAACCGUGCGAUACACGGCGACAUGGUGGCCGUGGAACUGCUCCCCUGUGUCGACUGGAGGGGGCGCGUCACAGCACUGACUGAGACGGAGGGAGAGGAGCGAAUGGGAGAGGAGCUGCAGAGCCCAGCCAUGCCUACAGCUCGAGUUGUGGGCAUCCUGCAGCGGACCUGGCGGGACUAUGUGGUGACGUUCCCGCUGUGGGAGGAGGUGCAGUCGCAGAACCGCAACAGCCAGCGCAUCCUCGUCACGCCCUGGGAUCGCCGGAUCCCCAAGAUCCGCAUCAGCACCCAGCGGGCCGAGGCCUUGCAGGACCAUCGAGUGAUCGUGCGCCUGGAUUCCUGGGAGAGCACAUCCCUGUAUCCCAACGGUCACUGCGUGAGGGUGCUGGGGAAGGCUGGCGAGCUGGAGACAGAAAUCCAGACCAUCCUGACGGAGAACGGAAUCCAAGUUCCGGCAUUUUCCGAGGCCCAGCUCCGGGAGAUGCCCGUCAAUUUGAAGGACAAGCCCUGGAGGGUGGACUCUGGUCAGGAGGCGGUACGGCGGGACCUGAGGGCCUCUCACCUGGUGUUCAGCAUCGACCCUCAGGGGUGCGAAGACGUGGACGACGCGCUCUCUGUGCGCAUGCUGCCUGGGGGGGCCCGCCUGGAGCUGGGCGUCCACAUCGCCGACGUCACCCACUUUGUGAGGGCCGGAUCCCUCACGGACCUGGAGGCCCGCUCGAGGGCCACCACGUACUACCUCGCUGACCGCCGCUACGAUAUGCUACCUGCUGUACUGAGUGCGGACCUGUGCUCCCUGCUGGGGGGGGUAGACAGGUACGCCAUGAGUGUGAUCUGGGAGUUGGAUGUCCAUUCCCUGGCAGUGUGCAGCGUGUGGUUUGGACGCACCUUGAUGCGCUCCUCCUACCAGCUCUGCUAUGAGCUGGCCCAGAGCCUGCUGAACGAGGAGCCGGCAGAGGUCCCGGAGCUGUCGGCACUGGCUGAGGAGGACAGGAGGGUGAGGCUGGGGGAGCUGAAGCAGGCCCUGGCGGAGCUGACCCGGGUAGCCCGGCACCUGCGGACGCAGCGGGAUCAGGGAGGCGCACUGGAGCUAGAAGGGUUGGAGGUUCGGGCGCAGCUGGAUGCAGACAAGAACAUCACGGCACUGGUGCCCCGGGAGCCUUUGGAGAUCCAUGAGACGGUGGCAGAGUGCAUGAUCUACGCCAACCACUGGGUGGCGCGCAAGAUCCAAGAGAGCUUCCCCCAGCAGGCCCUGCUGCGCCGCCACCCACCCCCCCGGCAGGAGCACUUUGGUCCUCUGACAGACAGCGCAAAGGCACGGGGGUUCCAUAUCGACACCCGGUCCAACAGGGCGCUGGCAGACUCCCUGGACCGGGCCGUGGACCUGCAUGACCCGCUGGUAAACCGGCUGCUUCGAGUGAUGGCAACCCAGGCAAUGUCCAACGCCCUCUACUUCUCCACGGGCUCCUGCCCACAGGAGCAGUAUUACCACUACGGCCUGGCUUUGGACCGCUACACCCAUUUCACUUCCCCCAUCCGUCGCUAUGCCGACGUGGUGGUGCACCGCCUUCUCACGGCGGCCAUUGAGAGCGAGGGUGGCGCAGAGCCCGUGGAGACCCCGGCUAAUAACAAAGGCCUGGAGGAGACGGCCCGGCACAUCAACGGCAAGAACAGGGCAGCUCAGCACGCUCAGAAGCAGUCCACAGAGCUGUUUCAGUGCCUCUAUUUCAAAGAUAAAGAUCCCCUGAUGGACCCACGCUGCGUGGCCGAAGCGGUCGUCUACGCCAUACGUGCUAAUGGCUUCCUAGUCUUCAUCCCACGGUACGGGGUGAAAGGAGCCGUGUACCUCAGGAACCGGGAGAGCCAGGUAGUGGAUGUGACCUGUGACGGGAGCUGCCAGUGGCUGCCCGGUUCUCUGCAGAGAUUCCCGGAUCGGAUUUGCUGUGUCAUUGCUGGUGGUGCGACUCACACCUUCAGGCUCUUUGACCACAUCACUGUGCGGAUCUCUGUGCAGGUGUCACGCUGCCACGCUGGAAACCUGCGCCUGGAUGUCGUCAGCAACCGAGCCCUCGAGGCCCCGGGGCCAGACUGCCGGCCGACGGGGAAGGUCGGGACAGAGCUGGUGCAGGAGGUGGUGCGCUGGGCCGAGGAGGCCUCGCAGCAGGCAGAGGAGCACGGCACAGCUUCCCGCUUCUCCAAGGAGGAGCGAGAGUACCAGCAGAGCAAAAAGCCCAAUCUCUACUGCCUCCUGCAGGAGAUCUGGGAGCUGGCGCUGAUGGACGAGUCCAACUGUCAGGGCCCCAGUCCGCCAUCAAGUUAACACCCGACACCUCAGCCCACCCAGGACCCAGGCACUGGUGGCCGUCCGGAGGACAAUCCAGUCCAUUCAGGGGAAAUUUUACAUCUGUUGCAGCUUUGUUACCCCUGCAUAAGUUUAUAGACUUAUAACAACUUAUAGUUGUUUUUUGUGUUUAAUUUUUAAUCCCCAUUAAGUGUCUUUUUUUAUUCAAUAUUCCCCUUGUUCCUCAGGAAAGGUGGUUUUACACUGAAAUUACACACCUUUUAUAUAUGUUUUUGCACUGCAUUGUAAAUGUAAAUAUAAUUGUCAUUGGAAAGGGGAAGACAUUUUAAUAAUUUGUAUACAAUUCUUAAGCUUUCUAAUGAGUUAAUGGAAAUUAUGGCAGCUUAAAAUGUUCUUUGAGGUGUGAUUGUCUCCCUGACUGUUGCAGCUAUUUUUUUGUGUCAGUUGAAUGGUCAUUUGCAUACAGUACAUUAAAGGUUAGAACAAAAUGUAUUUUAUUUGACAUUAAAAGAGACAAAAACUUACAA